CCUUCGCCGGUGAUUGGCCGCUUGAACUGUAGCUCAGGAGAGGCACACAGGCGGCCAAUCACCGGCGAGGAGGUGGAGCUUGGAGAGGAGGAGCCGAGCGGCACCGCGAAGAUCGAGCGAGUGAAGAGGAGGAGAGCGGCCGGAGAAGGAAGACAUCUGACCGGUAAGUGAGCGAGCGAGCCCAGGCUGGAGCAGGGGUCAGCAAGGUAAGUAUCAUUGCUGUCAGUGGGAGGAAUAGUGCCCCAUCAUUGGUGUCACUAAUACCAAUGAUGGGGCACUAUUCCUCCCCCCACUGACACCAACGAUGGGGCACUAUUCCUCCCCCCACUGACACCAACGAUGGGGCACUAUUCCUCC